AACACUGAACCAGUAAUGAAAAAACCUCUCCUUUCUUUCAAUUUCUCUGUUAUCCACAAGCUGGUGCACAGUUAAAAAUGGAAACAAUUCUUUCUUCUCACACCAUUCAUCCAACCUUGAAUCCCAAAUCAUCCAUUUCAAAGAAUCUUUUGUUGUCUUCACAUCAACCAAGAUCAACCCAUCUCUUCCUCUCAAAACCCAUCGCUUGUACCCUCAAGAAACACGCUUCCCAAUCUGUAAAACCAUCAUCUUUGGCAGAACCCAAGAAUUGGUUUGCUCAUGCACAGCAGGGAGUGGCGGCUCUUGCUAUCUCUUUGGCACUCAAUUUUUCUCCGGUUUUGUUCACCGGCAAUGCAAUGGCUUCGGAGUUUGAUGUGAUAAACGAGGGGCCGCCGAAGGAAUCUUAUGUCGUCGAUGAUGCUAAUGUGCUUAGCCGGGUGACGAAAUCGGAUUUGAAGCGGCUUUUGUCUGAUCUGGAGUCGAGGAAGAAUUUUCACAUUAAUUUUGUUACUGUUAGAAAGCUCACUAGCAAAGCUGAUGCUUUUGAGUAUGCUGACCAAGUUCUGGAGAAAUGGUAUCCUACACUCGAAGAGGGUAGUAAUAAAGGGAUCGUUGUGCUCGUUACGAGCCAGAAAGAAGGGGCAGUCACCGGUGGACCUGCAUUUGUCGAAGCCGUGGGUGAAAAUAUUCUCGAUGCAACUGUAACUGAGAACCUUCCAGUUUUGGCUACGGAAGAAAAGUACAACGAAGCAAUUUACAGCAGUGCCAAAAGGCUAGUUGCUGCCAUUGAUGGACUUCCGGAUCCUGGCGGCCCCCAGUUUAAGGACAACAAGCGGGAGUCGAAUUUUAAAUCCAGGGAAGAGACCGAAGAGAAACGGGGACAAUUCAGUCUCGUAGUUGGAGGUUUGUUGGUGAUUGCUUUCGUCGUUCCCAUGGCACAAUAUUAUGCCUAUGUCUCCAAGAAAUAAAAGCUAAUCUGUAUGAUGAGAUUUGUCUUUCAAAUCUCUUCCCUUUGAUGAGGAAAACAUGGAUAACAUGUAGUUUAUACAUUUACUCAUGUUAAAUAUGGUUGAU